AUGUAUUUGAAAAACCUUACCGACCUACCUUCCACCACGGCUACAAUUCGAGGACUCCCAGCGCCGUGUACUUGGCCUACGGUCGAGAAAGUGAUUAUUCUCCAGCCUGGAGAAUUUUUCAUUAAACUCAAGAAGGAUUCGGACCCCGACGUCUGGAGGCACAUCAAGUGGGACAAGGACGGCCGCGGGAAGGUCCCUGAGCAGAAAGGAAUCUACACGGGUCGUGAAGAAGCUCUGAAAUACUUGGAGCAAGAGGGUUACAUUGAUUUGCAUGAAGAUGAUGCUGUGGACCAGAGAACGCAGCAGGCAGAUGUAGGAGACGACCCUUCGAAACCUGGUCUUGUUCGCAUGCUAACUCUCCUGCAGGCCAAGUCCGAUGGUCGGUGGCCGGACACGUGGAAGCUAACCGAGCACGAGGAGAAUGAGUAUGGCGAGACCAUCGACGCCAAGGAUGUACCGUUGUUCGGAAACCCGAAGAAAAUCUCCCCAGAACCGCGACCCUGGCAAACGAGGCGUAAGAAGCAUGUAACAAAGCAUGACUAUCGGUAUAAACAUCUACAGAAAGAAGAUGGAGGAUAUCAGAAAGGAGAUAAGAAAGAAGAAGAUAGAGAAGAACAGGAUGAAGAACAGGAUAAAGAGGAAGAAGAAGAGGAAGAGGCAGAAGAAGAAGAGGAAGAGGAAGAGGAAGAAGAGGAAGAGGAAGAAGGGCAGGGAGGAAAACGGAGAAAAAAGGAAGUAGAUCAGAAUGACCUGGACGAGAAGAACGAGAAGAAGAAAGCGGCUGCAAAGAAGGAGGAGGAACUCGAAGCCUAUCUCGACGACAUGGUCAUCUGCCCCCUUGAGGCGAAGGAGAGAGAGAGGAUCAGGAAAAACGAGGAAGAAACGGCUAACUGGGGUCUCUGGCUUGCUAUAACCUUACCUAUGAUGUGUACCGUCAUGUAG